AUGUGUGCGCCAUGUUUGAAAAUGACAACGAAAGGUAAAGCUGUCAAGCCAGUUAUUUACAUUUCAAGCAGCGAUGAAGAUGAGGAAGACACACCGCCAUCAAAAGCCAGACUGCCAUACAAAGUCAAGAAAGAAAAUGUAAGCAACGGGAUCGUUCAAAAAACGGAGACUGUUAUUUUGAGCUCUGACGACGAGCUCGAGAAGACGCCUCAGAAGAUAUCGCGUCCAUCUUUUGUCAAAGAAGAGCCAGAUUUCCAAGUGUCUACCUCGAAGGCUCAAAAUGAAACCAGUCCUUGGAAAAGUUUGAAGUUCAACCAAAAUAAUAUCAAGAUACUUCAAGCGAACGUGAGGUUACAAAAGUUGAAUUUUGGAAAUUUAUCGAACGCAAGCAUCGAUAAAACUGAAAAUCACGAUGUCAUGCCUGUGCCCACCGCAUCUUGUUCAAAGUCUCAGGUAAGCAGCUCUAAAUUAAGGAAAAUCCUCUUAGUAUUACCUGAGGGCAAAAGAAACGGCUAUACCUAUUCAAAGAUCAAGCGAUUUCUAGAGGGUUUUAAAUUUAAGUUUAUUCACCAGGGACAGGAGGGACGGGCCGGGCCCGUCAUGCAGUCAAAGUGCAUGGUAAUUUUAAAGUAAAUGUACUGGAUUUACCGUUUGCGUCAUUUGACUUCAUAUGUAGCGGUAUAUCAUUAAAUAUGUGCAUGGAUCAAUGCUAAAUAAACGUUGUGUUGCCUUACUUACAAAUGUCGUCCUGGUAUUUUGAGCCAUUUACUGUUCCUCUUAAUAGAAGGACAAGGGUGGAAUCAAUUUUUUGAACGGCUUCAGUGCCGGAGCAAUUUUCUCUUUCAAAACUCACAGCAGAAAGGCUGAAAGAUUCACACUUCUUGUACGAUCUGAUCGAAAAUCCAUCCAAAAGGCCUAGGACUAGCACGGGAGGAAAUUAAAAUCUCACAGUUUUUGAAUGGUCAAAAUGCAAGAUUUACAUAUGCCAGCCAGAAAACUGUCCUGCUGAUUUCUUCUGUUUGAUUGGAUAUCGUUAACCAAAUGGUUCAACAAUAACUGGUGUUAAGCAGACUUGGUAAGUGAUCAUUGCUUAACGGCAUCCAAUCAAAAAGAGACGAUCAGCAGAAUGGUUUCUGGCUGGCACAUGUAAAUCUUGCGACGCAUUUUGACCGUUAAAAAACUGUGAGAUUUUAAUUUCCCUAGGCCUUUUGCAUGGAUUUUUGAUCAAAAGGUACCAGAAAGAAGUGUGAAUCUUUCAGCCUUUCUGCAGCAAGUUUUGAAAGUGGAGCAAUGCAAUUUUCUGGGGUAAAUUCACUCCGACGCUGGAGCCAAUUAAAAAAUUUUUUCCACCCAUGUCCUUCUGUUAAGAGGAACAGUAAACAGCAAACUCAAAAUCUUUCAAAAUGGCUCAAAAUGCCAUUUCUGAGGCAAAGGGACAACAAGUUACCAUAAGUAAGGCAGCACAAUGUUUAUUUAGCAUUGAUCCAUACACAUAUUUAACGAUAUGCCCCUACAGAUGCAUCAAACGGUAAAUCCAGUACAUUUACUACAAAAUUACAAUACAAUCAGUUACACAAACAGACUGUGUGGGUCCCUGUGGUGACACCACGGGAAGUCAUAAAAAUAAAAAGUCUCUACUUGAUCUAGUCGUGUACAAGAAUGGGCUCUUGAAGCCAAAGUUCAAACAAGAUUCCUUGAUGCUGGUCAUAAUGCAGGUAUCAAUGUUUAGACAGAGAGUAGGGGUAUGGGCAUAGGUGUGACAUUUGAACACUUCUUUGUCCCCUCUCUGAGGAUUUAACCCUGCAGAGAUCUGGGUCCUAAACUCGUGUUCUAGGAAAAGUCAAAGUGAUUACUCUUUUCUAUAAUGCAAUACUGCUAAAGCUUUCCAACUGGUAUUGAGUAUAUUAAUAUGGUUGUUCGAAGAAUAUUGCAAUUCAAUUUUGCUGAAACCAGGGCUGGAUUUUCAGCAUUUUUAAAUCAUUGAAGUGAAUGAUUAAAGAAGCAGUUUCACUGUUUCAUUAAACGUUUACAUUGAUGACCUAAACACAGUUUAUUCACAAGGAGUAAGCAAAUGAUAAAUUGUCUAGGUUUCCAAUGGCCAGAUGGAUUCAAUUUUGAAAUAUUUUGACAUGUAAUUGGGUGAACUUCAUACUUCUUCAAUCUACUGUACCUUUUAUAAUGUACAGUCGUUGGAAAUGUACAUUUCAAAUUGCUCCAUGUUUACUUUUAAUACAUGUCAUUACACAGUUUUGUUAUUCCCAGGUAGGGAUAUUCUAUCAAUUUUGAACUAUUUGCCAGCCCCAAGGGUUGCGUGUUUGACCAAAAAAUAAAAACAAUUCAAAUGCCACACCUAUACCUGUAUCCCUUCAUCUCCUUCCAAACAUUGAUACCUGCAUAACUAGAACUGGUUUCUUUCAAAAGUGGUUGCAAGGAGAGUUUCCGCUGCAUAUUUUUGACCAAAUAUAUGGAACUUAUUUAUGUGUCUCAAGGCUGAUUUCACUAGUGAAAGAGUUGGAGUUGUAAAUAAUCAGAGUUGUCUAAGAGUUCUUUAUCAUCUAGUGAAAAACAAGAAUCAGAGUCAUAAGCUUGAUAGAUUUGGAAUUGUUUCCAUUUUCUUCUGAGUCUGCUUAUGACUCUUCAGGUUGCCCAUAAUCUAGUGAAGAUUACACAAUAGAGGUGAAUAUUACACACGCUGUGACUGGUCAUUGCCUAUGAUUUAUUAUAGGACAAACACAUGGAUGACAUCAUGGGAACCUUGUUUCUUUGUUUUAUUGAACAUGGCACAUGCUUUUAAAAAUGUUUGCAAGAUUAUUUCAGAUUAAGUGUAGGCCUUGAAAAACAUUUAGCAAUAGCUAAUGUAUUUACAUAGAAGGGAAAUUAAGUUAGAAGGGAAAGUUGUUGAUGUCUUGAAAAUUCCUAAACUGGAAGUUGCCAUUGUAUGUCAUUGUUUCAAGAGACUCGCACUUUUGAAAAAAUGUUUGCAAUUAUUCUGCUUUAAGCGAGUGAAGGCAUUAAAAACUUUUUGGAUAAACUGGAUACAAGUAAGACAGAAGAAGCAGAAACGAAAAAUAGUGUUUGUGACUUAAAAAACAUCUAAACUGACACAAACCCUGAAAUAGUAAAGCAGUACAAUGCAUGUCAGGCAAGUGUCGUUUUUUCUUUUCUGUUUAUAACAUUAUUCUGUGUAAAAAGAAUAGAUUCCAUUUUGCCGUGGGUUUGUUCAGCAAAGGAUUACAGACGACAUCAAAAUGUGGUGAAAACAUCCCUGACACACUCACCUUUGGCUCAUGUGUCACUUCUUUGUUUUUACCACAAUGUGAUGUCAUCUGUGAUCUAUUACUGAGCAGAGCUUGUGAGCUUGUCAGGGUUGAUCUCAUGAGUGGACAGGUCUGCAUGGGUGGUCAUAUCACUAUUGUGUGGACAGGCAUAUUAACAUGCACAAGAUUGCAUGCAUUUUGAUUAGAAUCCUUGGGUGUUUUCUUAAUUUUGUUUGGUCACUUGGAUUCAAAAGGAUAAGAAAUAAAAUAAAUAAUACUUGAAACUAGGGACUUAGCACCAUUUUUGGUGAACCUAAAGGCAUGUUCUAAUAUGUUCACAUUUUAUUAUAUAUUAUUUAUUUAUGCACCAUUUAAAAAAGUAUGGGAUGUGGUUCCAGGUACUAAUAUUACUAUUACUAAAUGAGAACUCUAAUUCAUAAAUAGGGUGAGAUGGCAAAAGAUGAGUCGAGUGAAGUGAGCUGCAGGCAAGUUCCAGGAAUGGGAAUCUUUGAGUCAAUAGAGAGUAGAUUUCCUUCAACAAAGCUUAAAAGAUCAAAAAGCCCUUCUUCACCUUCGCUUAAACAAACUGUGAUCACUCAAGAAAGUUUUUCACCUCCAAAAAAGCCUUCUCUGUACAGAUGUAUGAGGCAAGAGCAACCUUUACACUAUUCCACGCCUCUUUGGUGUUCAGUUCAGAUGCAAGGACCACAGAUGGACAGUUCCAAAGAUUUUACUGAAAACCAAAUGAAUUCUCUGCAAGCUCUGAAGGAAGAAAACUUUCAUAAAACUUACUUGCACACAGUCACAAAUUUUAUGAGCCAGUCCCGAAAGCCACCUGUAGAAGUUUUGUUUCACAUUUUACAUAACAUCCUGCUUUCAAAGCAAAAUAACUGUGGUAAUGAAUGCUUUAGAAUUCUCCGGCAAAUCCAGGUCUUACACCCUGUAAUGGCUAUGAGGAUGGUUAAUUUGAAAAUCUCUUGGGAACACAUUUCCAUGAUGGUGGAACUCUCUAGAUGCAUUGAUGACAUGUCACAAGAAAGUAGUCAGGCACUAAGUGCAUCUAUGGCCUUGUCUUUUGUUGUAAACGUUAUGGAAGAGGAGGUUAAUGUCAAGAGAUUUAGCCUUGUGAAGACCUCAGGUUAUAGACUCCUAUCAGUCAAGCAUUUCAGCACUCAUAUUUUUGAAUUGGUUCAGUGGAUUGGAGAUGCCACAAAACAUCCACAUAAAACCAAGAAUUUGUUUUUGCUGCAGAGAAUGCUAUCAUUGUCAUUGUCAGUGAAUGAGCAACCAGAGGACUUUGCAGGUAGGAUUGCUGAUGAGUUGUUUCUUGUCUAUAACUGGCAGCUUCAGUCAACUGAAGAGAAAAGUCUUCUUCUCCAGUCAACUCAAUCACAUUUGCUGAGGAUGAAGUUGAUUGAAGUUAUUCUGAGUAAUUGUUUUCCUCCUCAAGAGGAACAGGAUAUCAGGGAAGUUCCCAGAAUGGGACUUGCACAUAUUAUUUUUGUUGACUUUCAGCGCAGUCCAGAUGCAAAUAACUCUGAUCACGUUGACUUGAUUGAUCACUGUGAAGUGUUCAUCAUGCUUCUGGCAUAUCUUCUUCAAAGCUUUCUUUUUUGUCGCAAAAGAUCUCUUCAGAAAAACUCUUCUGAUUCACUGCGAAUCAUGUCAAUGGAUGACACAGAUUCUUUACUUGAAAUUGAUUCUGAAGUUACAAGACUGAGGGAACGUCUAGAAAACAUCUGCAGUCCAUCACAGUUGUCCUCAAGGAGCUACCAGUUAUUGGAUUUAAUGUCAUCACUCAGAAGUUUUGCACAAAAGCUUCCAUAG